AUAGCACAGGAACUCAUCAAUCCUCAAGGUUCAGUCCUUCACAGUAGAACAUUGAGAAAUGGCCGGCCGAAGCAACAACAGCCUGAAGCUACUAGGCAUGUUCGCGAGCCCGUUCGCUCUGCGUGUGAAGCUUGCGCUGAGCUUCAAAGGCUUGAGCUACGAGUACCUCGAGGAGAAGGACCUCCACCGCAACAAGAGCGAGCUCCUCCUCAAGUCCAACCCCGUGCACAAGAAGGUGCCCGUGCUCAUCCACGACGGCAAGCCGGUGUGCGAGUCCAUGAUCAUCGUUCAGUACCUCGACGAGGCGUUCGCCGGCGUCGGCCCCUCCCUCCUCCCUUCCGACCCCCAUGAACGCGCCAUUGCUCGUUUCAGGGCCGCCUACAUUGACGAGAAGCUCUUCAGUUCGUGGAUGAUGGUGUUCAGAGGUAAGACGGACGAGGAGAAGGCGGAGGGGACGAGACAGUCGUUUGCCGUGGCGGCGACCCUGGAGGGAGCCCUGCGGGAGUGCUCCCAGGGGAAGCCCUUCUUCGGCGGGGACAGCGUCGGGUACGUCGACGUCGCGCUUGGAGGAUUCGUCGCCUGGGUGCACGCCAUCGAGAAGCUGUAUGGACUGAAGGUGUUCGACGCUGCCCAGACCCCGCUCUUGGCGGCGUGGCUCGAGCGCUUCGGCGCGCUGGAUGCAGCCAAGGCGGUCAUGCCGGACAUUGAGAAGCUAGUCGAGCUCGCCAGGAUGACGAGGCAAGCUCAAGCAGCGGCUGCGGCCGCGGCGCAAGGCAAUUAGUUGAAGCGGUUGAAGACACUUUGGGUUUAGUUUGGCGUGCAAAAUAAACAGAGUUGGAUGCUUUACUGCGCAUGGUUUGUUAUUUUUGUUCCCUGCAGUUGAUUCGUCUUCGUGUUGUGCUUGAUGUAUCAUUGGUGCAUAAUCCUUGUUGAAUUUGCAGGUGAUCUAUCAAGUGCCUGUUUGUGC